AUGGCGAAAACUGUAUUGUGGCCAUGGAUGCUUUUGUUUCUGGCAUCAGCACGGACGCAACAGGCAUCACCUGAAGGAGUGCUGAACUGUUGUGAAGGCGAUGUCCUCUUCCUCCUGGACUCUUCUGGAAGUGUCCCCACCUAUGAACACUCUCGCCUGCUCUCCUUCCUGUCUGAUCUGCUGCUGCCCUUCUCUCUGGGUGAGGACCAGGUUCGGGUGGCACUCCUCCAAGUCGGCACCGAGCCAAAAGUGGAGUUUGAUUUCAGCACGCACUACUCACAGAGAAGUUUGCAGGGGGCAGUGCAGAACAUUCGGCCUCUCAGGGGUGAUACCAACACAGUGGAGGCUCUGAGGAUAGCUACAGAAAGGCUGCUGAGACCUGGGGCCCCCGGAUCAUCCAGGCAGGGGCUCCCCAGGGUGCUGGUGUGGUUGACAGACGGCGUGAAGCCUGGAGAUGUGACAGGGCCCAUGGGAGUUUUGAGGGACGAGGGUGUGGCAGUGCUGGUGGUGUCUACAGGACAUGGGAACUAUCAGGUGCUCAAGGAUGUGGCGACGCCCCCUUCUGACAAGCACCUGUACUUUGUGGAUAUAGAUGCUCUGAAUAUCAUCACCGAGGAUCUCCGCAAUGCCAUCAUAGAAAUUAUAAGAGCUGAAAGAAUGACAGCACGAGACAUUUCCACCAGCUCUGCUACUCUCCAGUGGCGACCAGUGUUGACAGGCUUAAAUGGCUUCUAUGAGAUUCGUUUUGGUCCAGUGCCCACUGGUGGUGCUGGGAGUGUAGGAGGGGGCCCUGGGACCAGUCCCAGUGUUGGAGGUGGUCAGUACCAGAGGUUCACCCAGUCUGCAGACUCUAGCACAGCCAGGCUAACAGGACUCAAGCCAGACACUACAUAUGUAGCCACUCUGACCCCAGAGUCUAAUGAGCAGGCUUUCAAUGCUCUCUCCGUCACCUUCACCACCAAACCAGAGGUGCUGAGCCCAGCUGUCAUAUCUAUCUCUGAGUUGGGAUCGAACAGUGUGCGGAUAAACUGGGGCCCCCUUCAGCCCGAGAGCGUCAUGAGUUACUACGUUGAAUACUCCUCUCUGCCCAGUGGUAAACUCAGUGCAGUUACCAUCGGCGGGACCCAAAACUCUACUGUACUGCGGAACCUCCAGCCUGACACCACCUACCUGAUCACUGUGAGCGCCAGACACUCCUCAGGCACAGAGAGGGCCAUGUCGGUCAAAGUGUGCACGGAGGAAGUGACGCCGGCGUUAUCAGACUUGCAGCUGACCACGGUGGGCAGUGACUCGGUGCAGGUGGAGUGGACGGGCAGUGGUUCUGGACUCAGAGGGUACUGGCUCACCUGGGAGGAUCAACAGAACCAAGUGUCUGCAGAGCGCACCACUAUGUACCUGCCUCCAGAGUCUCUGUCUACACGCCUGUCCCACCUGCCCCCACUGGCUCGAGUCUGUGUGUCUCCAAUUUAUCGUACAGCCCGAGGGGACGGCCUGUGUUGCACUGCACACUUUCACUCAGAUGCAUUGUCUUAUGGCUAUCAGUCAUAG